AUGCGUCGCUUUGGACAAUUCUAUCACUACUGGCUGCAUAAAGCUCCAUUGACGACCAAGGUGUUGACUGCUGCGACUUUAUCGGGGGUAGGAGAUCGAAUUGCACAGCGUAUUGAAGCGAUCGAAGCCUCGACGACCACCGACUUAGCGUGGGAACCCAUUGACAAAGAGGAGAGUGUAAGUCCCAGCACAGCUCGGACUCUACGAAUGGUCGUGUGGGGUGGACUGUUCACGGCCCCCAUCAUGCACACGUGGUUCCACAUCAUUGACAAAGCGAUCCCUGGCUCAGGAAAACUCGUUGUUGCCAAGAAGGUCGUAGCAGACAUGGUGAUCAUGGCUCCCAUAAUGACCCUCGGCUUUUAUAUUGUGAUCAAGACCAUGGAGGGCAAACAACUCAGCGAUGCGGUCGAAUUGGCCACAGCCAAGUUGCAACCUACGUUGGCUAUGAACUACAAGGUGUGGCCCGCGGCGAACGUGAUGGUCUUUACUUUAGUUCCAUUCCAUUAUCGCACUCCUUUCGUCAACUUUGUGAGUUUGGGAUGGUCGACGUACUUGUCCAUCAUGGCCAACAAGACGAGCAAAAAGAUGCAAAACGUCAUGACAGGAUAG